AUGAACUCUCUCUCCCUCCACAACGCUAAUGCAACAACAACACACACUCUCCACUUCCACUCUCACACCUUCAUCCACUCCAAACCCACACCUUCUUUCCUCUUCCUCAAAACAAAACCCCAAAUCCACACACAAUGCUGCAUCAACAACAACAACAACACCAUCAUCGACAUCGACAUGGUAAAAACCAAACAAGGAACCUACGUACCAAAACAGAACAAAGUCGUUGUUCUCUGGGACCUCGACAACAAACCCCCACGCGGUCCACCUUACGACGCUGCACUCUCUCUCAAAACCCUAGCCGAACGCUUCGGCGAACUCACAGAUAUCUCCGCUUACGCUAACCGUCACGCCUUCGUUCAUCUCCCUCAAUGGGUCCGCAACCAACGCCGUGAACGCAAAAGCCUCGACGUCCUCGAACGCAAAGGAAUCGUCAAUCCCUCCGAGCCAUACAUAUGCUCCGUCUGCGGUCGGAAAUGUAAAACCAACGUGGAUCUCAAGAAACACUUCAAACAGCUUCACCAGCGAGAACGGCAGAAGAAGCUUAACCGUUUGAGUUCGCUGAAAGGGAAGAAGAGACAGAAGUAUAAGGAAAGGUUUGUUACUGGGGACCAGAAGUAUAAUGACGCGGUUAGAGGGAUUGUUACGCCGAGAGUUGGGUAUGGUCUUGCUUCGGAGUUGCGGCGAGCGGGGGUUUUUGUGAAGACUGUUGAGGAUAAGCCUCAGGCUGCUGAUUGGGCUUUGAAGAAGCAGAUGAUGCAUUCUAUGAGUAGAGGGAUUGAUUGGUUGCUUUUGGUUUCGGAUGAUUCGGAUUUUAGCGAGAUGUUGAGGAAGGCUAGAGAGGGGAAUUUAGGGACGGUUGUUGUUGGGGAUGUUGAUAGAGCUUUGGGGAGACAUGCUGAUUUGUGGGUUCCUUGGAAUGCGGUUGAGAAUGGUGAGGUUAUGGAUAUGGAUUUGGUGACAAAGAGUAGAGAUAGGAGAAGAAGAAGAAGGAAUACAACAUCAACGACAGAGGAUGAUUUUGGUGAUGUGUUGUUUUUUCAAGAGGAUGAGGAAAUGGAAAUGGGAGAAGAUUUUAUGUUGGAGUACAGCGAAGACGAGGAUUCAGAUGAAUACACAACUGACGAAGAAGAUGAUGGGUUUUAUAUUUAG